GCACCGGGGCUGCGGGGGCUGCGGGGCCGCCCGGCCGAAUAGAUCGCUGGGCUCCGGGCGCUCCCAGCGGAGCCAGUCCGCGCAGCUCGCCGGCCGCCGCGCUUCGGGCGCUCGUGCGGCCGCUCCUUCCGCACUUCCAGUAGCUCGUGGCGCCCGCGGUGCGGCCGCGCUGCUGCCGCGCCCUCCUCAGCGAGACACACCUCGCCGGCCCCGCGAGCCCCGCGCACCAACUUCUGCCCCGCGAGCCCAACUUCUGCGUGCCGGGGUCGGACUUGCGGAUCCCCAGCGGCGCGCAGUCGGGACGGCAGCGGGAGCGGGCGGCCUAGGCAAGAUGACUUUGCGCCUGUGGCUCUGGUGCUUCUGCGCUUGGGUGGCCGCCGGCUGGCCGCCGGGAAGCAGCCUUCAGCUCCGCCCGGGCAUGCCAAAUGUUUGUGAGGAACAGCAACUGACCAUGGUGGGACUUCCAUAUCCCUGUGUGCAGGCAUUCAGGCACACCAUCAAGCUCUGGAAACAGGGUUGUGCUGGCCCAAGAUGGUGUGUGGGUUAUGAAACAAGGACCCGGUACUAUACCACCUACAGACAGGUGUACAGCAUGGAGCAGCGGACAGUCUACAGGUGCUGUCCUGGUUGGAGACAGCGGGAUAACGAACCGGGCUGCCUGCACUCUAGCUCUGCAGCAGGAACUCCCUUCAAUGGAAGGAAAUGCCCAGAUGGUGAAACCAAGCAGAGCCAGUGUUCAGAGGGAUUUCAUGGACCCCACUGUCAAUACGAUGUCGAUGAAUGUGCCGUGGUGAAUGGAGGCUGCCAGCAGCGCUGUAUUAACACUCUGGGCACCUUCCACUGUGAAUGUGAUACAGGAUACAGACUCCAUGCUGACGAACGCACCUGCAUAAAGAUGGACCCCUGCACAGGUGGGAAUGGAUGUGCUCACAUAUGUCAGAGUGAGAAUGGCGUGGCCAGGUGUGCCUGCCACCCAGGGCACCAGCUGUCUGAAAACAAAAAGUCCUGUGAAGAUGUAAAUGAAUGUGUGGAAGGGCUUGCUCACUGUGGCCAUCGCUGUGUGAACUCACUGGGAUCUUUCACUUGUGCCUGCCACCCUGGCUUUGAGCUGGGAGCUGAUGGAAGACAGUGUUAUAGGAUUGAAUUGGAAAUUGUUGAUAGCUGUGAAAAGAACAAUGGUGGUUGUUCUCAUCACUGUGAACAUGCUAUUGGUGGACCCCGUUGUUCCUGUAACCAUGGACACCAGCUUGAUGAGGAUGAGAAAACAUGCAUAGACCUUGACGAAUGCCAGAAUGGAGAGGCCUGCUGCGCUCAGUUCUGCGUCAACUAUUUAGGGGGCUAUGAAUGCAGUUGCCAGGAAGGCUUUCGGAUCACUUCUGACGGUUGUGGAUGUGAAGAUGUGGACGAAUGUCUGGGCGUCAGUGUAGCCUGUGACCAACUAUGUAUUAAUUCUGUUGGAACAUACGACUGUACUUGUGAAGAAGGCUACAGAAUUGGAAGUGAUGGGAAAACUUGCAUCUCCUUGGAUGAUGAUGAGCUGGAGGAAAAGGAAGAGCAAUUAGAAGUUGUGAGGUUUCCAGGCCUUCUAUUCAAAAAGCCGCUUCAAUUACUUUAUCAUGUGGCCACCUCUCAGACUCCCAUUUAUGAAGAUGAAGAUGAGGAGGAAGAGGAAAAAGAGAGCCUAGGAGAACUUGCAGCUUUGAACAAAGUAGCUUGUUCCCCAGGGACCAAUGGGAAGGAAUGUGGCAGCAUCUGCAGUUGUCAGAAUGGAGGCAGCUGUGAUCUCACUGGGCAGUGCCAGUGCCCCCCAGGGGUUCACGGGAAAACCUGUGAAGAUGGAUGUCCAGUGGGAUUCUUUGGGAAGAAUUGCAAAAGGAAAUGUCACUGUGCUAACAACGGCCCUUGCCACAGGAUGUAUGGAGCCUGUAUGUGUAAGCCAGGGCGCUACGGGAAGUUUUGUCACCUGAACUGUCCCAAGGGGGCCUUCGGAGCUGGCUGCUCUUCAGAAUGUCAGUGUGUAGAGGAGAACACCCUGGAAUGCAGUGCCAAAAAUGGUAGUUGCACCUGCAAACCUGGUUACCAAGGCAACAGAUGCCAGAAAGGAUGCAGAAAAGGCACUUACGGUCCAUACUGCCAAAAGACAUGCAAGUGCCUGAACGGCGGCACCUGUGACACCACGCUUGGCACCUGCAACUGCCCUCCUGGCUUCAUUGGGGCUGACUGCAGUGAACCUUGUCCUGCUGAUCACUAUGGGAAAGAUUGUGCCCAGUGGUGUUUCUGUGGCUCAGGACAGUGUGACCCAGUGACUGGAGAGUGUCAGUGCCCACCUGGCCGAAUGGGACCCAAGUGUCAGCAAGGAUGUCCCCAGACAAACUAUGGACCAAAUUGUGAGCUACAAUGUACUUGUGAAAAUGGUGGCCUUUGCGAUCCUGUGGACGGAAGCUGUACCUGUGGCCUUGGAUGGACAGGAACUCAUUGUGAAAAAGAAUGUUCUCCUGGUUAUUAUGGCCCAGGUUGCCAUUUCAGUUGUGCAUGUCAGAACAAUGGAGUUUGCAACAGGUUUUCUGGAAGCUGUGACUGCCCCAGAGGUUACUAUGGACGAGAUUGUGAACAUGUAUGUCCUCCUGGAUUUUAUGGUUUGAAUUGUACUCACAUCUGCAGCUGUAAAAAUGGAGCCAACUGUGACGCAGCAAGUGGACAGUGCAUUUGCCUGGCAGGUUUCCAUGGCAGUCAGUGUGAAGCAGAGUGUUCUGCAGGAAAGUUUGGAGCCAACUGCCAUCAACAUUGUGACUGUGAAGGAGAGGCCUCUUGCCACCCAAUAACAGGAAAAUGCCUCUGCCCACCUGGAAGAAAUGGAGCUAGAUGUGAUGCUGAAUGCAGAUCAGGCCAGUAUGGACCCAACUGCGCUCUCCAGUGUCAGUGUGUGCACACGGCUUUCUGCAACCCUAUCAAUGGGAGCUGCAUGUGCCCCUCAAAGACAAUGGGCCCGACCUGUGAGGAAAAUGGAUUGGAGGAUCCUCAGUAACCACAUGCUGACAGCUUUUCAGACGGCGAGAUAGAAUGUGGUUGAAGUUCACCCACGCUUUAUCAUCUUAACUUUGGCAGAGAAUCGUACUUACUCAACGGUCUUCAGCCCGGCCUCGCUUGUUACGAGGUGAAAAACAGGACGUCUCAACUUUAUCGCCUCCAGGCCUCUGUCCCCUUACUCACAGAACCUUCCCAGCUUCCUUUUGCUGAAGAACAUACCCAAGAAUAAGAAAAUGUUUUUUCAGGAUCCCAACCAUAGUAACAUUUGGACUAAUAAAUGAACCUUUUUUUUUAAUAUGCACAGGAGGUAUUUAAAUUUGGAAGCAAGAACUGCUUUUCAGUCCUGGUUGGACUGCACUAAAAUAUUCACACCUAUUCACCAAAGACCUCAGUGGCCAUUAAGUAGCUGGAUCCUCUUUAGAAAUGUCUAGAAUUUCAUCUAUUUAUUCUUGGUGUCCUGCUUCCCAGUUCACUCUGCUUCAGAUUGCUAAUGUAUUGUAUUUCAAACAUGACUUUCGGUGUGGGAGAUUAUGAAGUAUUUAGCCACAUAAAGAUCAGGGUGAAAGUAUGACGUGCACGUUUACAAUGAAUCAUCAAAACGUUUUGUGCUGUUUUCCCCAUCACUAGCCAGCGGACAGGAAAGACAGAGAGUAGAGCGACUGAGGCCAGUGCUCAGCGACCUUCAUUGUGGGGGACAUUAAUUUCCUAUAAAUUAGGACCAGAGUGGAUUCAGACUUUUAAUCCCAUUGGUGAUCUUGAGCCAAAUUGCCCAUCACUUAGGAUAGCUCUAUAGCUAUUUAUAGACUGAGAUGAGUUCUGUGAUAAGCCCAAGAAAGAUCCAACCAUAAAUAGAAUUUUAGUUUUGCUCUCAAGUAGGUUAUAUGCAUCUAAAUGUUCAGAAUAUUGGUUAAUUCAUAUUAGGAAACAAUAACUUUCUGGACUCAAAAUCUUGUUACUUAUAUUACCUGUGAUUUUUCCAGAUAAAAAUAGAGACUAUUGAAAUUAUAUGACUAGAUUUAAUUUAAACAAAAUAUGUGGAGUGCCUUUUAAUCAAAACUGACUUAGCACAUAAUUGACUGAAGGAUUUAUGAAAAAAUACUUAGUGUUAUCAACAUAUCAGUAUGGUGCAGUUUCUGACCUUUAUUUAACCUUUACCAUUGUAUAUAUCACCACCUUAACCAGAGAUAUAGCAAACCUAUUUUAGGCAGCCAUGACAAAUUUAAUGAUAUUAGAUGAUAUAAUGGGCUUAAUGAGAUCAUAUUUUAAGAGAUUCUUUUUUUAUAUAAAUUUAGUUUAGUCUUAACAGAGGUAUAGUCAACUCAUGUUUUUCUUUUUCUCCUCUAUUUAGAAUUAGAGCUUUGUAUUUAGAUGCAGUAUAACAACAAUAGCUAUUCUAUGGAUCAAAUCAACUGAAAUCUAUGCUUUAUCAAGAAUGCUUGCCAGGGGGCCAGCGCUAUGGCAUAGAGGGUGAAGCCACCACCUGCAGUGCCAGCAUUGCAUAUAGGUGUCAGUUCGAAUCCCAUCUGCUCCACUUCUGAUCCAGCUCUCUGCUAUGGCCUGGGAAAGCAGUGGAAGAUGGCCCAAGUGCUUGGGCCCUUGUAACCACAUGGGAAACCCGGAAGAAGCUCCAGGCUCCUGGAUCGUCUCAGCUAAAGCCUUUGCAGCCAUUUGGGGAGUGAACCAGUGGAUGGAAGACCUGCUCUCUGUCUCUCUGCCUCUGCCUCUGCCUCUCUCUAACUCUGUCUUUUCAAAUAAAUAAAUUUUUUAAAAGAAUACUUGCCAAGUUUUCUUAUCUAUUAUUUUUCAAGAUUAUCUCAACUAACACCAUCUAAGCUACAGAGAAAACAAAAUCAAUAGAAGCAGUGUUUUCUCUUGCUCUGCCAUCCACCCUAGGCGUCCUUCUUCUGAAACAGUCACUGGGAAUAGGAAAAGAGUAGGAAACCAGGUUUCUCUUCUUUCCCAGAAAUUUUGUCUCAAUUAACACAGAAGAGAAUCUGGAUAUGGUAGGAAACAAAGAGUAAGUGUUUUGGGUUUUUUUUCUUUUUGGCUUAGUUUGUUGUUUUUAUGUAAUACUUAGUUCUUUAUAAAUGAGAACCCAUACCUAAAAUGUUGAACAUGGUGCUUGACAAUGGAAGGUAUUUUUUGUGUUAUCACCUUUCAUCCCCAUUUCCACCUGAAACAUCAAACGAAUCAUGCAAGUGAGAAAGCAGAGUCACAGCCUAAACCUGGAUUUAGUCUAUCAGGUGACUGCUUAGACAAAUUGAGUUUUACCUUCAGCCUUAUACCAGUCAGUGUGAACUAAUAUAAGUGACCGUAGCCCCUUUUCUUCAUAAAAUUUUUCUGAAGUAUCUUUCAUAUUGAAACUGAAAAUAGAAAAAUGGUUUAUAUCCAGAAUAUUUCCAUUGUACUUUUGUUACCUUGAAAAAUCGAUUUAAGUGAUUUUUUACAAAAGUCAAUAAGCAAUGCAGAGUCAUUCCUGCUAAAAAUACCUUUUUCUGCUGGAGGACACUAACAUAUUGGGAAAAUCAUUGUAGACAAUAUUUCAUUCAUGGACCAAGCCAUAAAAAUAUUCAUCUUAAAUAAUAUAAUAGCUAGAAAAUUAUGAUAUAAUUUCCUUGCCAUGUCAUAUAGAAGAUUCUUUUUUUUUUUUUAAGAUUUGUUUAUUUAUUUGAGAGGCAGAGCUAUAGACAGAGAAAGGGAGAGACAGAGAGAGAUGUCUUCCAUCCAUUGGUUUACUCCCCAAGAGGCCGUAAUGGCCAGAUCUGGACCCAUCCAAAGCCAGGAGCCAGGAGCUUCUUCCAGGUCUCCCACAUGGGUGCAGGGGCCCAAGCAUUUGAACCUUCUAACACUGCUUUACUAGGCCAUCAACAGAGAGCUGGAUCAGAAGAGGACCAGCUGGGACACAAACUGGCACCCAUAUGGGAUGCUGGUGCCACAAGCUGAGGCUUAGCCUACUACACAGUGUGGACCCCAUAUAACAGAUUCUGAAUUUCUUUUAGAAAUAACUGUCAUGUUAAAAAUAUGAUUUAGUUCAUAUAAAUAAAGCAAGUUGUUCACUUUUGCAUAUUAGCAGGAUUUACCUGAGGUUUCUAUAUGUAAACAGCAGUACACGUAGAGAAAGGUAUGAUUUAGCUACCAAGAAAUAAUUUAUGCAAAAUUUUAAGGAACUCAACAAUUGUUUAAUUUAAUAGGCGUGUCCUCUUUUAAGCUAGGUUCAAUGUGUACCUUGUGAUUCCAUAGGAGUAUUCUAUAUAUUACUUCUCUUUUUCUUCCCUGUGUAAUCUGUCUUUCAAAUGUAGAAAUGUUGAUUCCCUACAGAAAUUCAUCCACCACAAUGUUUAACCUCGUUACAAAGGUGCCUGUGCUGUGAUGUGUCAAGCUCUUUCAUUUGAAAUAUAAGAUCAGAGAAGGGAUUAUUAUGCUUUUCUGCAAUAAUAUAGCUCAAGUUUAAGGAAAAUGAGCAGAUGUAUGGAAGUGUGCUGGCUAAUUUGGAGUCUAAAUCCAACAUGCCUGGGAUAUACCAUUUCAGUGUAACACCUAACUUUCCCCUACUCUUUCUAACUUCUACAUUCAUUUAUUGAGUUUUCCAGAUGAGACAGCUAUUUGACACAGGUUAAAUUAUUUUCAGAGAACUUGGAAAUCAUUCCAAGAGUUAGUGGCAAGAAUGGCAUUUCCUUUGUUAGAAAUAGCAAAAAGGGUUUGGCCUCUCCUGGGCCUCUUUCACCUUGGUUUCUCCAGGACCUGGUAAUACAGAUGUAGCAAGAAUUUAAAAGAGCAUUUUGAUGAAGUGAACAAAUAAUAGCAACUGUCUACACUCUAGGAGUUAUGUAUGCAAUUCAGUUGAAAGAACUUUUCAUGGUUCUAUAAUAGAAAAAAGAAUCAAAGUAGCUGAGCUUUUAAAAUAGAUUUCAAAGUGAUUCCAAAGUUUUGUCCCUUUUAGCUAAUCAUAUGGAAACUAUGUUAUACUUUUCCUUUUGUAUUCUGGUUUUUCUACUUUUCCUAAAUCAAAAGACUCAAAUGCUAAGAAUUAAAGUCAAAUAUAUUUAUUUAAAAUAGUAGAUAUUUCUUUUUAUAUUCUCUAAAAUAUUGACAUACUCUUUCAUCUCUAAAUCCUAUGUCAAGAAGACAUGAAAUGUCAUUUGUUCAUUCCUCAUUUUAAUGUUUGUGCACCAUUGGCUCAAUUUUUGAUGAAUAUUAAUUAAUUUGAAUUAUUUCUAUUAACAUUUAAGAUAUUUCUCUUCCACUGAUGUCUUAAAAAUAUUUAGGAAAUUUCAUAUUAAUGUCUUUAUUAAGAAGGAAAUAAGAGGGACUGGCAUUGUGGCACAUCAGAUUAAGCUGCUGCCUGUGAUGCCCAGCAUCCCAUUUGGGGCACCAGUUCAAGUCCCAGCUGCUCGACUUCCUAUCGAGCUCCCUGCUGAUGUACCUGGGAAAGCAGCAGAAGAUGGCCCAGUUGUUUAGGUCCCUGCCAUUAUGAGUGAGACAGAGAUGGAGUUCCAGGCUCCUGGCUUCAGCCUCCCCAAGCCCUGGCCGUUGAAGGCAUUUGGGGAAUGAAACAACAUAUGAAAGAUAUUUUUGUUUCUCUCUCUCUCAAAUUAAUAAAUAUAGCUCUUAAAAGAUAAAAUAAUAAAACUUAUGAAAUAUAAUUAUAGUGUUCAGAGUUCCUGAGAAAAAUUCAACUAUAGCCCAGCAGCAAAAAGAUUCAUGUGAAGAAUUGAAUAUUAAGUGUGUAAGUGCUGACAAUAUCGCUCAUUUGAAAUGUGGAGCAUUGGCUUAUGAGUAAAAUUCCAUAUGUGAGAUUUGGAUGAAUUUGAGAAGUUUAACAUGUAUUUGUGAAUAAUGGAACCUGCGACUAAUGAGAUACCUAACUAGUCAAUUGGUGAUAUGAGUAUUUCAAAUCAUUUAUUGGUAGAAAAAUGCCUUCCUUCGUAUCACUUUUAAUUGCCUAAAAGGCAGUUUUCUGCACUUUAUCUUUAAUUUCCAAAAUCAUCAUAAAAGAACUUUAUUAGGUGUCUACUAUACUAGAUACUACUUUGAAAAAGAUGGCUUGUUUCCUGUCCUCGUACACUUGUGCUUGCAACAGGAGACUAUAUUAGCCAACAAAAGCUCAGUUUUUAAAUAUCCUUUGCUGUUGCAUCAAUUUCAUAGUUCACCAAUCCUUUCAUAGUUAGUUAAUCCCUUCCUAUGUGUAUUUUUCACACUUUUCUUAAUUCCCCUAUGUUAAUGCACACUUUGAUAAAUCAAAUACAUUCUACCUAACUUUAAAUCCACAUAGCAGGUUGUGCUCUUAAUGCUGCUAAAGGAAUUGAAUUUUUUAAAAGUCAUGAAAUGCCAUUUCACAUUUAUAGAAAACUAAAUUAGUCUUUACAAUACAAAAGAGAUGUCUACUUUCAAAGUUGUUAUUGUAACCCUGAUGUAUAAGGGAUUUAGGUAGUGGAAGUAGAGAGAAAGAGGAGGUUGUUCCUCCAUCUGACCACUGGUUUGUUCAGGUCAGUAUUCAUUACUGCCUUCUCUUUAAUGGAGAUAAGUGUUGUCUAGUGCUAGAACAGGGUGUAGACAUUUCUAAGAAUCUGGUUUCAUUACAAAGCAAGUAGUUCUCACAAACAUUAAAACAUAUCUUGCUAUUUUAGUGAAGUCUUAAUGCAAGAUAAGAAUUUUUUUUUAAUUGUGGCAAAAUACACACAGCAUAAAAUUUACCAUUUUAAUGAUUUUAAGUGUACAGUUUAGUGGCCUCAAUGGCAUUCAUGUUAUUGUGAUACAAUGUCCAAAGAUGAUUUCUUUUAAUAAAGGAAGAGCUUCUUGAUGACAGUGGAGUAACACGCAGGAGUCUCAGGUUCAAAUUGUUGUUCUGCUUGAAUAGGGUAACUCAUGUACCACCUUUACGUCCCAAGUUUUUCAUAUUCUUUGAAAGUGUUGACUAUUUGAAAAUAUGCUUCCCGUAAAUGUCUUCUUAUUUUCUAGGAAUUUGUGUAACAAAAACAAUGCACAUGUAAGAAGAGUUAAAAACAUUUGUUUUGGGGGCAUCACAGGCAGUAGAAAAGUCCCUUUCACUAAGCAUAUCACAGCUGCAGUUCGUUUCUUUAUCAUGCCCUAGAGCAUGCUGGGAAAUCAUGAAAGAAAAGUGAACUCAGACUUUGUGGCACAGCAAGUGGAGCUGCCUGCCCGUAUCCCACAUCAGGGCACUGGUUUGGGUUCUGGCCUACUCUGCUUCUAAAAGCUUCCUGAUGAUGUAUCUUAGAAGGCAGAAGGAUGGUAGCCCAAGUGCUUGGGCCCUUGCCACCAAUGUGGGAAACUCAGUUGCAGUUCCUGGCUUUGGCUCUUGGUUUUCACCUGGCCCAGCCCUAGCAGUUUCAGGUUUUUAGGGAAUGAUUCAGUGGGUCAAAGAUCCCCCCCACCCAUCUCUCUCUCUCUCUCUCUCUCUCUCUCUCUCUCUGUCUCCCUCUCCCUCUCCUUCUCUCUCUCUCUCUCUCUCUCUCUCUCUCUCUCUCUCUCUCUCUCUGUCACUGUGCCUUUCAAAUAGAUGGGGGCAGUGGGAGUGGGCUGGGAAGGACAUAGUAAUUAAACCAAUAAUUCUAUUUUGAAUAAGCCUCAUGUAUUUUCUAUAUUUUGUUCUUUUCCUAAGUAUCUCCUGCCUGGACUCCACUCUGGCCUGAAGAGGCUGCCAAGACCCUGAGAACUUGAACAGUGCUUCCUGAUGAGUACUUGAUAGUAUUAUAAAUUAGUUGCACUUAGUAAAGGAGAAAAGGAAGAAAGGGGCAGAAUUGACUUUGUCUUAUAGUCAGUAACAACACUCACAACAAGGAGAUGCUGGCUUAAACAGAGCUAAAUAAUGUAUUUUACUGAAGUGUACCUUAGGAACUCCAAUAUGUUAUCGUGAUGUGUGAAUCUCCCACAGGAGAAAAGUAAGGAAGCAUUCCAAAUUAUUUAACUUAGAAUUCCUUUCUGGGAGAAUGUUUUGAAAAACUAGUGUCCCUAGGAAUACCUUUGUGGGAAAUGGUGAUAAAUGUUAAGUGAGUCUUCAGAUAUACUCUGCUCUGCAUACCCUGGUCAUAUAUUUAAAUGGUGUUUCUAGUAAUUGCCUAUGAGCCUUUAAGGAAGGCCUAUUGCUUUAUCAUUUUCCACUGUGAGCCAGUAUUUCUCAAAGUGGAGCUUUGGAGACAGAAACCAGACUGUUAGUAAAGUUCUUUAAAAUAUUUUUCUUGUUAAUCCUAUUAAUAUAAUAAAUUGAGCAAAUGUUUUUUAAAUAUUAAGGACAAUUAGAAAGAUGUAAAAUAAACUGUGUUCUUUUUAAAUGGAAUAUUACAAAAGUUAUAGAGAAAUAGAUGUUAGCAGGAUGAGUGAUGUAGUAUAGCUGUUUAAGCUGCCGCUGAGGACACCCACAUCCCCUGUCUUAAUCCUAACUACUAACUCCCAACCCAGCUUCUCAUUAAUGUACCUGGGAAAACAGCAGAUAACCCCAAGUACUUGUGUCCCUGUCAGCCAAGUGGGAGUUCCAGGCUUCUGCCUAUGACCUGGCUCAGCCAUGACUGUUCAAGCAUUUGAGGAAUAAACCAGUAGAUAGAAGAUAUUUCUCUCUCUCUCUCUCUCUCUCUCUCUAACUCUCUCUCCCCAGCCCCCUCUGUCAUUCUGUCUUUCAAAUAAAUAAAUAAAUCCUUUUUUUAAAAAAAAAAAAGAGGCGAUAAGUGUCAAAAUCAAAGACCAAUAAAUGUGUGCAAUGUGUGCUGAUCAAAUCAGGAUUAUUAACAUUUCCCUGUCUUUGUCAUUAUGUUUGAAGGCUUCCAGCUUCCUUCUUCCAUUUGUCCAUAUAUAUAUAAAACCUAUUAUAAAAUAUAAAAUAGGUUAUUUAAUCAAAAUCUUCUUAAUAUUUAAAGAGAUAGAAAUGCUGAAUGAUAUGAUUUGCUUACCACGGAAUGUGCGUACAACACUGUACUCCAUAAAUAAGUACAAUUAAACACUAAUAAUACAACAAAAAGAUUAAAAAUUUUUCUAGCAUCUGGGCAUUUUACAUUAUUUAAUAUAGUAAGAAUUCCAAGAAUAAAAUGUUUAAUAGUGCCUAGAAUGAAUGUAAUUCCUUUCUGAGAGUUGCUAAACAGUUAUAUAAAUUGAUGCCUUUUCACGACUGAAGUGUGUAAAAUCUAAUAAUACAAGAGUUAUAAGGACCUAUCUAUUACUAGCUAAUAAGCCCUAUAUCAUUUAUUAUGUAGAACAGUUCACAUAAAUGAUGCCACAGUUCUCCAUAAACACAAACAGACCUAUUGUAUAUUAUUGGUAGUGAAAGAUUUAGGGGAGUUUUCUUUUAUAUAAUAUAUUUAAUCAUGUUCUAUUUAAACACCUGUAAAAAUUUUAAAUUAUUACAAAUAAAUAUACACCCAGUUGUUUUUACAAAAAUAUUCUUUUUCAUUUAUAGAUACCUUCAGUUCCACAUGAGUUUUAUAGACACCUGUUUAACUAUUAAUAAAUUGGAAAUUAAUCUUAAUUCAUAUAGUGUCAGGCUAAAAUACAACUUCUAUUCAUGAUUUGGAAUACAUUAUUUAAGCUAUAUUCUGUGUUAAAUCACCAAACAAAACAAAGGAGAAACACUUAAUAGAGUCUUGCUUGUUUGCACUUCACAGAAGUGCAGAACUAGAAUAGAAUUUAAAGCUCCUCCAGCCUUUUUGUUUUAUAGGCAUAGAAACCAAGACUUAGAGAAUUAGACCCAACAAUGAAAAAAAUUGCUGAACCAAGAUUUUAUAUUCUCUCAUCUCCGGUCCCUCAUAUCUCUCCUCUUGUGGGUUUUGAUUACUACCAUUUCUGCAACAUGUGAGAAGUUUUCUUUGGCAAGGAGAAUGAGUGAGCUUUACAGAAAUCCCUUUGAAUUCCAGCUCCAAUCUUACAGACCUUCCAAAUUUGUAGUGUCACCAUUUAUUUUAUAUCCAAAUGUAUCUGAGAGCAGUAGUUAAAUACAGAUAUAAGGAAUUGAAGCCAAUGGGAACAUCAUGGUCCUAUAAUGGUUUCAUUGUCUUCCAAGAAUUGUAAUUUGAAUUUUAAUAGUUUUUUCUAUCUUUGGCAUAUAUUAUCCAAACUUUAUAUUUUAAAAGACAAUUUUGCCAGCAUGUUUUAAAAAUAUUUUCAUUUGCCUCAAUUGUCAAUUUCUGUUAUGAAUGAUAAAUGCAAUUCCCAGAUUUCUUCCUUUAAGUUCAUUAUAUAACACCAAACACCUCUAGAAAGCACUCUUGAUUAAUACCCUAUUUGAACCCAUAAAGAAAAAUUGUGUUAACUUUAUUAUUUAUCUUGCUCAUUAGUGUGAGAGCAUUUAUGAUGGCAACCCCAGAGGUUAUCAGCAAUUCUAUGCCCUAUAAAUUUGACUAACCAUGUAUGCUACCUUAUAUUUUAGUUACUCAACAGAAGCAUAGUCAAGAAAAUUUAGAAUAAUAAAACAAAAAUGGACAAUAUCACCUUACUAAGCUGGAUAUGCCUGUGCUUCCAAAGCAAUGGUGCUCAAGCUUCAUCUGGGUGCAGAACAUGUGAAUAUUAGACUGCUCCAGGUGGAAUGUAAAUUGUUGAAAUAUUUAAUCAUAUUAUAUGAGCUACAAACAAUAUUACUUAGAGAAAGUGUACGUUUAUUGUAUGCAUAUGGUAUUUGUGAUUACGUAGAUUUCUUAAACUCUUCAGUUAAUCACAAUCACCUUUCUGAGAAAUUCCAUUAAUGUAUUUUAUACUUGUGCAUUCACUUUGUCAGACUCAGCAAUUAUCAGGCAUCAGUUAUUUAAAAGAAAUUUUCAUUGUUGAAUAUGGAAAUAUAAUCAAAUGUGAACAUGAAGAAAGGGUGGCAAUAUUCAACUAAGCAUUGAAACACUUUUCCCAAGUUUUUAGAACACACUGUAUAAUUUGAGAGUUGUUCCUCCAGAGUCUGUGUUAUGGUUUGUUGAUCAAAAUGUAGAUGUGGCAACUGUGUUUCAAUCUAUACUUAUAUGAUUUUUUUUAUUUAAUGAGCAUAAAUUUCCAAAGUACAGCUUAUGGAUUACAAUAGCUUCCUCCCCCCCAUAACUUCCCUCCCACCCACAACACUCCCCUCUCCCACUCCCUCUCCCCUUCCCUUCACAUCAAGAUUAAUUUUCAAUUAUCUUUAUAUACAGAAGAUCAAUUUAGCAUAUAUUAAGUAAAGAUUCCCACAUUUUGCUCCCACACAGAAACACAAAGUGUAAAAUACUAUUUGAGUACUUGUUAUAGCAUUAAUUAAACACCUAAGAGUAAUUGUAUAUUAAUUACAGAGUUCAACCAAUAGUUUUAAGUAGAGUAUAUGAUUUUUAAAAAUAGAAAAGCUGAAUGAAGCUCUACUCAGUGAUUUACUUUUGGCAAACAAGUUUGUUUUAUAAAAUGGUGCUCAUUUUAAGCAAGCAUUUCUAUGAUAUGUUUCCUUUGUGAUAAUGUAUGCAUGAAGAAUCAUAAGCAUAACUGAAAUAUUACCUCUGGGUUGAACUGUUUAAAUGUGGGAAGUCAAUUGGUAGCUAUAAAAAAGAAAGGUUAAGUAAGUCUGAUGUUUGUUAGCUUCACAUUAUUUUUUGAUAUCAGUUCACUAGUUGACAUGAUGUUUUUUUUCCACACUGGUUAUUUGAAAGUAUUUAUUGUGACAAAUAAAUAUUUUGUAUAAGA